AUGAUGCUUAGUUGCCUAUGUAUUGAAUUAAAUAAUGAUAAAGGAAUGAUAGAUGUUUCUCUUGGUACACCAAUACAAGAUGCUUCAGUUUAUCAAUUUCCAUUAGAUUUAGUCUCAGAACUACUGCAAGAGAAUUCUGAUGUUAUAACCAAGCUGGCCCAUGAAAAUAUUAUAGUAGCAUUGACUCCAUUGUUAGAAAAUAAUCAUCCGACACAAGAAAUAUGUGAUUUUUUUAGUAAGCAUUGUAAGAAUAGUCCAAGAUCAAGUAUAGUGAUUGAAUUAUUUACACCAGUUGUACAUAGAAUAUUAAAACAUAAUAUGGAUUUUGGAAAGUAUCCACGUAUGAGAUUAUUUGUACAAGAAUAUAUUCAAGCAUUAAAUUGUCAAAAUGAUGGAAAACGUGUUGUCAGUACAUUUGUUAAAAGCAUGCACGGUGCAGGUAGUUCCUGUCCUCACCCUCGUGUCCUACCCAAUAUUGUAGCAGUAUGUCUAGCAGCCAUUUAUAAUUAUUAUGAAGAGAAGAAAAGUGCUAUGCAAAAUAACUUGGAUAGAAGUUUUGAUGCAGUAGAAUGGAAAUCUAAACUAACAUGUUAUGUAUCUAUAUUAGAGACAGCAUCUGAGUUUGAAGAUUGGAGAAUUGUUUUAGGAAGUUUACUACAACCGAUACCUUUUCCUGAUGAUGCUAUAGCCGACCAAGAUUUUUCUUCAAGUAUGAAAGAUGUCAUACAUAAUAUAGCAUCUGAUGUUAACUGUGAUGUACACCAGACAGUACUGGGUAUAAGAGAAGGUAAAGAAGGAUGGUUUCACCUGUAUUGUCCUGGUGGAAUAGCAUGUGAUGAUGAGGGACAUCUCUGGGGAACAAUGCUGGCCACAUUGAUUAAAUGUUGUUGUCGAAGAAAAAAGUUUUUAAUUGGAAUGACUAAAAUGAUAGGACCAGUCAUGUUACUAGCUUUACGAGAUACAGUAUCGGCAAUGGAGGUGUUAUGUGCAAUGUUAGAGUUUGAAAUAUUAGAUAGUCAAGAUAUGAAGAUGCAAUUAAUUACAACAUUACAAAGUACAUCUGAAGGUAAAAAGAUGUAUGCUGCAUUAUGUGAUAGACAGAUAGCUCUUAGAGAACUGCAACAGAAAGGCGGACCUAAGAAAUUAACACUACCUUCAAAAUCUACUGAUGGAGACCUGUCUAAGAUGUUAAAUUCAGGAUCAUUUGGUAAUCUAGAGUGUUUAAGUUUAGCCUUUACUCAAGUAACAAGUUCAUGUGCAAAUGAUUUAAUCAAACUCCCAUCAUUAAGAUAUCUUAACUUAUGGUCCACACAGUUUGGUGAUGCAGGAUUACAGUUACUAUCUGAACAUCUACAUAAAUUACAAGUUUUAAAUCUUUGUGAAACACCUGUCACUGAUAAAGGUUUAUCAUCCUUAGCAGCUUUGAAAAAUUUGAGAAAAUUAAAUUUGAACAGUACCAACCUUUCAGCCUUGACUUUUGAAGGACUUAAGGAAAAAUUACCAUCAUUACAAGAAUGUGAUGUACGGUAUACUGAUGCUUGGUGAUAAUAUGGAACCUAUUAUAAUUAUCAAAAAAAAGCCUUAAAAUAAAUUUGGAUCUUCAGACAGAUACCCAAAUAUAGGGUAGCUCAUCCUUUUAAUGUGCCUAAAAUAUUUCAUUACUAAAGAUUGACCUUGACAGGUUUCAACUUCCAUAUCUUAAAUACCUAUUAUCAUAU